CCACGUUGAUGAUCACUCAUUGCUUGCUUGUUUGGUUUGUUGAUCUGGCGUGAUGUUUUAAAGGGCAAUAUCAACCACCACAAAGAUCAUAAGUCGACAAAACACAACACAAUAAGGGAAAUUGAUUGGUUUCCUGCUGUGUCCCGCAGCGCGCAUGCGUGGCGGGCAGCAGAGCGACUUAUUUCCGCGGGGAGGUAUUUCUCUGAGCAGCGGCCCGGCAGUGUUGUGGCGGCGCCGUGAUGGCCUGACGGACCCUGCUGGAGACAAUGGUGGCCACGCGAGGCAACGCCGUCCACGAGAAUGAGCGGAAGAGUUCCCUGCCGUCCCGGGAGUCGCGGCGGUCCACACGCGGCGCCAUGCAGGAGCCCGAGGACGAGCUUUUCUGGGAGAGUGAUGACCAGCCAUCCCGCAGGAAUGUGAACGUAACCUUCCAGGAGAGCGGCAGUGCCCCGCGGUCACCAGCUGCUAUGAGAAAUCAGAGAACGCGAAACCUGGCCGUUUUGCUGUCUCGCACGCUUGCAGACAAAAAACUGAAGAGUUGGGCCAGGAAGAGACCUUCGUGUUUUUCCUGUGAGGAGGUACCCAGGCCUCAGCCCACCAGAGAUGCCUCCCUGGUCAGGUCAGGGCUCAGGAGGAAGAACACCAUUGAGGAUGACACGGAUUCAGACGAGGAGAUAUUCCGGCGAUCACAGUCGCGGCGCACACGUGGCCAGCGCUCGCAGGACGCCAAGGGUGUCAUGGCCAAGGACUUCGUCAUGAAUGGGGACGACAGCCACCUGCAGGACAUGGAGGAAGGUCCGAGGCGCAGCUCAAGGAGGAGGAAGUUCAACAGCUUUGAUCAGUCGUGGCUGGUGGGGAACAAGAAGCUGCGCGGCUACCCCUCCAUCGUGCCCAGCUCAGAGCCAGAGAAUGAGGAACCUCGCCCCUCUCGGAAGAAGUGCAAGAAGUAUUUGGACACUGAAGUUGAUUCUCGUCGGCGAAGGCUCCGUCGGUUGACCCAGAUCGAGAGCCAGGAAUACAGCUCUCACUCAAAGUCCUCCAGAUGCACCCGCCGCCGCAGAGGACCCCCGAGAAGAUACAGGGAGGAGCCUGAACACUCGGAGGAGGAAGAGGAGAGAAACUUGCGUCCAAAGAAGGUUCCUCAGGCAGUGGAGGCACCCAAGGAGGAGGACGAGGAGGAGGAAGACGACGAGGAAGAGAAGCCGAAGGAGGAAGGAAUGAAGAAGGUUGAGGAAUCCCCAAGAAGAUACAAAGGAGAGAAGCAAAGGCCUGUCCAAGAGGAGGAGGAGGAGGGCGAGGAAAAAUCGGAGGGUGCUGAAGAAGACGAGGAAGAUAUGCCAAAGAGACACGCCACACGCUCCGCACAGCCCAAGGUGGAGGACACGGAGGAAGAAGAGGAGGAGGAGGAGGAGGAGGAGGAAGAUGAUGAUCCGUCGCCAAUAAUCCGCAGAGGCUCCAGAGGUUUUAGGGACCCCAUUAUGGCCCGUGCGAUGUCCCUCAAAGGCCCGUUUGAAGAUAUGUACUCAACGGUCAAGAGGCAGAGGAGACCAGUCGAGCGCUUCAUGUAUGACAACGAGGUGCCGCAGCGGAGGACCAGAAAGGCAGUCUCCUCCUCAGACGACAGCGACAGUGACAAGGAGGGUGACGGGGGAGAAGAGGAGGAGGAGGAAGAGGAGAGAGUGGAAGGGGAAGAGAACGAGCAGACCAAAAGAUAUUCCCUCAGAAGAAAUCGGCGUGAAAAUCGACCGUUCCAAGUUGGAGAACGACAAUACCAUGAGGACACACCGCCCCGCCGCCGCUGCAGGAAUCACAAGCGCUACCUCUCGUCCCCCGCCAGGAAGCACACAUUCCGCCACAAACGAAUGGCCACCCACCACUCCUCCACCAGCAGCAGCAGCUCAGACGAGACACACUUUGAGAAGCGGAAAGCAAGAAGCAUGGCCAAGAACCGGAGCCGCUGCCUUCCCAUGAAUAUUGCCCCAGAUGAUUUACAACAAGGAACCUUGAGGGACAGAGCCAAAAUUGGUUCAAGUUUGGCUGACAUUGACCCGAUGGCUUUGGACCGUGACAUCAAGUUUGAUGCUGUGGGCGGGCUGUCCCAGCACGUCAAGUCCCUCAAGGAAAUGAUCAUCUUCCCGCUGCUGUACCCGGAGGUGUUUGAGAAGUUCCGCAUCAACCCACCAAGGGGGGUACUUUUCUUCGGCCCUCCAGGAACGGGCAAAACCUUGAUGGCCCGAGCCCUUGCCAAUGAGUGCAGCAUUGGCGGGCGGAAGGUUGCUUUCUUCAUGCGUAAGGGAGCAGACUGUCUCAGCAAGUGGGUGGGGGAGUCUGAGAGACAGCUCAGGCUACUCUUUGACCAGGCGUACCAGAUGCGACCCUCAAUCAUCUUCUUUGAUGAGAUUGAUGGCCUCGCACCUGUCCGCUCCUCCCGCCAAGACCAGAUCCACUCCAGCAUUGUGUCCACCCUGCUGGCGCUCAUGGAUGGCCUGGAUUCGCGGGGGGAGAUAGUGGUCAUUGGCGCCACCAACAGGAUAGACGCCAUUGACCCAGCGCUCAGGAGGCCCGGUCGCUUUGACAGAGAAUUCAAUUUCCCGCUCCCCUCAAUGAAGGCUCGCCUCCAAAUUCUCAAGAUUCACACCAAGGCUUGGGUUCCUGUUCCCAGCCAGCAGGUGUUGAGAUGCCUUGCAAUGCAGACUGUUGGCUACUGCGGGGCAGACCUCAAGUCUCUCUGUGCUGAGUCUGCUCUGGUGGCACUCAGGAGCAAGUACCCCCAGAUAUACUCCUCCAGACAGAAGCUCUUGAUAGAUGUUAAUUCCUUGGUUAUAAGACUGUGUCACUUCCGUGUAGCCAUGAAGAAGAUCGUUGCGGCCGGCCAGCGCACGGCCGCCAGUGUGGGCAGACAGCUGAGUGCAGUUGUCAAGCCGCUGCUGCAGGGCACACUCACUGAGUCUCUCAAGAUGCUGGAGGAGAGUUUCCCCAGUGCCUUCACCAAGUCUGCCGGCCUCAGCAAGCUCUGCACCACACACAGGCCAAGACUGCUGCUGGCUGGGUCAAGGUCACAAGGCCAGAGCAGUCACCUCGCCCCGGCUGUUGUUCAUGCACUGGAGAAAAUUCCCAUCCACAAGCUGGACCUCACCAUCCUGUACUCCACGUCAGUCCGGGCCCCGGAGGAGGCGUGUGCACAGGUGUUCCACGAGGCGCGGCGAAGUCUUCCCAGCAUCAUCUACGUCCCUCACAUCGACCAGUGGUGGAACACUAUGUCCGACACUCUCAGGGCAACCUUUAUGUCUCUGCUGCAUGACCUGGACCCAGCCUCUCCCCUCCUGUUCCUGGCCACAUCAGACGUACCCUAUGACCAGCUGGAUAGUGAGGUUCAGUACUUGUUCAGCAUUUACCACGGGGAGAUGCUGACCAUGACCAACCCGGGGGAGGAGGAGCGGAGAUUCUUCUUCAAGCCACUGUUCUUCACCGACAUGCUUCAGAAGCCAAAGAUUCGUCAAACUAAGAGGCAACUGGAAGAACUCCCCCUUGCCCCUGAGCCAGAACCCCGACAGCUGAACUCCAACGAGGCGCGGAGGGUGGAGGAGGUGGAGGAAGCAACCCUCCGAGAACUGCGCAUAUUCCUUAGAGAAAUAUGCGCCAAGCUGGCCAGGAACAGGACGUUCUACAUCUUCACCAAGCCGGUGGACGAGGACGAGGUGCCAGACUACCGGGACAUCAUCAAGGAGCCCAUGGACCUGGAGACCAUGAUGACCAAGAUUGACCAGCAUGAGUACGAGUGUGCCCAGGACUUCCUGCGCGACAUUGACCUCAUCUGCACCAACGCCCUGGAGUACAACCCAGACCGCAACCCUGAAGAUAAAAUCAUUCGUCACCGCGCCUGCACACUGCGGGACACAGCCUACGCCUACAUCAAGGCAGAAAUGGACACUGAUUUUGAGGAAAAGUGCCGAGGCAUCAGAGACAACCGCAAAACCCGUUACGAAUCUGUCCCCAAGCCAUCAGUGCCAAAUUUCAUCCACGUGGCGCCCACCAGGCCCAAGGAAGCUGAGACUGACAAACCCCAGCAAGAAAACGGAGAGCCACUGUCCACGCCAGAGUCCAGCAUGAACAACACCAAAGGGUCAACAGGGAAGAGUCCGCUGGACCCCAGCCGCCGGAAGAAGAGGAAGUACGGGAGUGCCUGGGCCCGGGGAGAGAUCCGGCGGAAGAAGCGCUUCAUUGACAAGGACUCCCCGGGCAAGAAGGAAGUGAAGAAUGACCCAGACGAAACCAAGACAACAGAAGAGGAGGUGGAGGAGGCAGAUUCCCUCCGGAUGGUGGAAGACGAGAAGAGUGAGGCUGACAUCAGUGGCCUGUCACUCUGCACCUCUGCUGAGGGAGACAAACUGUCCAAGGAGGCCUCAGCAAUCACAACAGAAAAGAAGAAUGUGCAGAUCCAGAUGGAGUCUGAGAUCAGUUUAUGCAAUGGCCACCUCAGCACCGAGGACAGCCACGACAGCAUGAAGGUGACCUCGGCCGCAGAAGAGCUGGCAGCCCAGGCCACGGCCAUGAACCUGCACGACGUCUCCACAGAGGAGAAGUUGAACGACACAACAGCUGAGGCGGAAGAUUCUGUGGUGUCCUCAUCUGAGCAAGGCAGUGGCAAUGGGCCAACCAGUUGUAAUGGGAUUAUAAUUGACUGGGCCCACCUGGAGGCCGUGUACGAGUCCUGCGUGUCGGCCACCAGCAGCACCACCGUGGAGGAGCUCCUGCGCCUGCACGCCACCAUCACCUCCCUUAUCUGCAAACAUGUCAGAAGCACCGAUCGUUCUCCGCUGCUGCAGGAUACAGAGACCGAGAUCAGAAGGUUCACCAAGUUCCACAAGAAGAGCUGAAGACAGUAGUGAGACUACGUAGCCAUAGAGAUUUUUUGAACUUGGAAUUUUCAGUCAACAACUAAAACAAGUUUUGCCAUGUUAUCACAUGUAUUAUUUUACAUCACAAUA